CAAGCUAUACCUUUUGCGUUUUUCAUUCUUUGUGAAAACUGUAAGAAAAAUCAUAAAUUGUGCUAACAAAUAGUAAUAAAAAUCAACUAUACAACGCUGAUACGCCAUCUAAACGGUGUAAAUAACAACUUGAAAGUGGAACAUUCAAUUAGCAUAAUCGCAAAAGCGUGUAAACCGCUUAAGAAAAAAUUGUGAAAUUCGUCGUUGGAAAUCCAAUAAAAGAAUUAAAAAGGAGCAAUUCUAAUUUGCAAACCAAGUUUCAAGUCGGACACACGCUGAUAAGAGCACAAAAUUCAACACUGCAGCAAUUAAUAAAAGUGAACUUUAAAAGAGAAAAUAAAGAAGCAUCUACAAAAAUAAGUAUCUAAAAUGGUGCAGACUGCAAUAUCGCUGAACGAUCGUUUCACUCAAAUGCAAAAGCAACAGCCAUCGGCUAGUGGAGGCGGCGGAGAAGGAAUCUCUGCUCGCCGUCGGAGUCGGUCGAGGAGUCGCAGUCGCCGCAUUGUGAAUGCAGCAGCAUCGGUGGAAAAUACGCGCCUGCUGCAGGAAUUCAAACGGAAGCACACCGUGCAAACGGCCCUCAAACUGAAGCGCAGAAGCUUGCGGACAACUGCUGGCGGCGGUGGCGGUGGUGGUGGCGGCUCCACCGCACGCCUUGGCGCCACCAAAACGCUCCGCCUCGGACCCAAUGGAAGACCGAUGCGCUCCAACAACGUCAACCGACUGGCAACCAUGCGCGCCGAUCUGAUUGCCAAUAGUGGACGCAGCGCCCCCCGUCGCAGCGGCAGCAGCAGCAAUCGACGUUCCAAUUCGGCUGUGGCCGGACUGCGCCAGCGUCUGGGCCAGCGUCGACCCACAGUGGGUGGUGCCGCCGAGCGUGUGGCUCAACGUCGACGCGGCUUAACGCGCCAGCAGCAGCAAAGGGCUGAUCAGCUGCAGCAGCAGCAGCAACGCGGCCGUUCACGCAGUCGUGGACGCGCCCGUUCCCUAAGUGGUGGUGGUGGUGGUGCUGGUGGUGGACGCGAUCGGGCCCGCAGUCGCAGCCGGGAUCCGAGCCGUUCGGGACGCUCGCAGAGCCGUGGACGUCGCCAGCCGGCGAUAAACGGUGCAAGGGGUGCGCCGCGUGCACCGCGUGCACCGCGUCGUGUGUCGGUCAAGCAGCGCCUGGGCGUUCGUCCGGGCGUGGCAGCAGCAACAGCAGCUGGAGCUGGAGCUGCCAAUAAGCGACGUGGCAAUCGUCGCGGUAACAGCAGACAGCGCGGCGUAGUCGCCGGACGAAUCGAGAAGCGUCGCAACUCGAACACGGCACAGAAGGCAGUAGCAACUGCCGCCGCCGGUGGUGCACGAGGACGCAACGGACGUGCACGUGGCAGAUCUGCUGUACGAGCUGCUGCUGCUGCUGCUGCUGCAGGUGGCGCCGUCACUCAUCGUUCUCGCUCCCGUUCCCGUUCCCGAGCACGUAAUGCUGCUGCUGCUGCUGGGGGUGCUACUGCUGGUGCGGCAGUUUCAUCGAAUGGCCGACAAAGGGGUGGUCGUCGAGGACGCAGUCUGCAGCGCAACGCUGGCAAAGUCGCCAAGAAGAAUAGCACCGCUGGAGCUGGCAAGGGAAAGCAGAAACAACAACAGCAGCAGGGUCGUCGCGGACGUAGUCGUGUUCGUGGUGGUCGGACGGUUCCAGGAAAUCAGCGGCGCGGGGAGGUGAAGCGUGAGGAUCUGGACAAGGAGCUGGAUCAGUAUAUGUCAACCACGAAAUCAGAGAUGGACUUUCUGUUGAAGUAGAGCAGAUCCCCCUAACCAAUGAGAUGAUGACCACCGCUAGGCAGUUCUUACUAAUACUUAAGUUGUCUCAUAUAAAUAUAUAUAUAUAUAUAUAUAUAUAUAUAAAUAUAUAAUACUAAUUAGCUUUAAGCGUCACACACCCAUCUAACGAAUUGAAGUCCAAGUGGUGUUUAAAUGCAUUCUGUAAAUAGCAUAUUAAUUAGCUAUAAGUAAUUGGAUCUGUUCGCAUAAUUGCAAUUGCAUUA